GUGUUGCAGCCAGAUGACGCACCUUUCUUGAUGGAGCGCUUGAAGCUGUACGAGAAAGACCUGGGAGAGGACUAUUUGGCCUAUAGGAAUCACUGCUUGCGGGUGAUGUCCUUCACGAGUUACUUCCUCGGCAAAGAGCCCGACGCAGGCCCAAAGAAAGUCCUCGAGGCCGCGCUGGCCUACCAUGACCUGGGCCUUUGGAGCGACUUGAAGGCUAGCUAUUUAGGCCCCAGCGCUGAGAGGGCGCGGAAAGACUUAAGCGGAACCUUCUCAGAGCCUGAGUUGAAGCAGAUCGAGGACAUCAUCAUGAACCACCACAAGUAUACAGAGGCUUCAGAUCCUUUGGUGGAUGCAAUGCGCAAGGCAGACUGGCUUGACUUCACCAACAACCUUCGCUUCCCCAUGCGCUCGGGAAUGCCUUCGGGAAAUCUUGCGAAAGCCAAUACAGAAGUGCCCCGGGAAGGCUUCUUCACCGCUUUGGCCAAGCGGCCCUUCGCAAUUCGACCUGACAAUCCUUUCAAAGCAGGCCAGGAGAGCCCCAGCGCCGCGGACAUCAAGACCAUUCUGGAGGCUGGUGGCAUUAGCUACGAGGAGGAGAUGAUCACCACGGUGUGUGAGAAGAUGGAUGGCAAGAAGGUGGAAGAGAUGAUUAAGACCGGCUUCACCAAGUUCGCCGCUUGCGGCGGCGGUGGUGGUGGUGGCGGCGGCGGUGGUGCCGCAAGCGGUGGCGGAGGAGGCGGCGCAGCAGCCGGCGGUGAUGGGGGUGCCAAAGAGGAGAAGAAGGUCGUGGAAGAGGAGGAAGAAGAGGAGAUGGAAUUUGAUCUCUUCGGUUAAACACAAUGCUUUACAAUCGGCCAACCCCCAAAUCAU